CGAUGUCCUUGCCCUGCCCAUCUUCAAGCAGGAAGAAUCGAGUUUGCCUCCUGAAAAUGAGAACAAAAUCCUGCCUUUCCAGUACGUGCUGUGUGCUGCCACUUCCCCGGCCGUCAAGCUCCACGAUGAAACGCUCACCUAUCUCAACCAAGGGCAAUCCUAUGAGAUCCGGAUGCUGGACAACAGGAAGAUCGGGGAGCUGCCAGAGAUAAAUGGGAAGCUGGUAAAGAGCAUUUUCCGGGUGGUGUUCCAUGACCGGCGGCUGCAGUACACGGAGCACCAGCAGCUGGAGGGCUGGCGGUGGAACAGGCCUGGGGACAGGAUCCUGGACAUAGAUAUCCCCAUGUCCGUGGGCAUCAUCGACCCCAGAGCAAACCCGACCCAGCUCAACACGGUGGAGUUCCUGUGGGAUCCUUCCAAGAGGACCUCGGUGUUUAUCCAG